CACAAACACAGAGAGAGAUGGUCAUAGAAAAUAUAGAAAUAGAGGGAAUGAUGGGACCUCCCCAACUACCCUCUAAUUUAUAGUAACAAUUCACAUACAACUGAUCAACUAGUACUAGUAGUAGUAUAAAACUGAUGUGAUCAAUUAUACAUCCAUUUUAAAGAAGAAGCUAAGAGACAAGAAUGAAGAAGAAAAUGGAGGCAUUGUUGAAUAAAUAUGAAGAAGAAGAAGAAGAAGAAUAUGAAGAAGAUUGUCCAGGUUGCAAAGUUGAGCAGCUAAAGCGCGCAGACACCAGCGUCCCUAUUAAACCCGUCUUCUUCAUCUCCAUCGUCACCUUAUGCGCCUCUUUGCCGAUAUCAUCUUUAUUCCCUUUCCUCUAUUUUAUGGUCAGAGAUUUUCACAUUGCGGAAAGGGAGGAAGAUAUUAGUUAUUAUGCCGGAUAUGUUGGUUCUUCAUUCAUGUUGGGAAGAGCUUUGACUUCUAUUCUUUGGGGAGUAAUUGCUGAUCGCUAUGGGCGAAAGCCAGUUGUUGUGAUUGGCACAAUUACAGUGGUUAUAUUCAACGCGCUCUUUGGCCUUAGUACCAACUUUUGGAUGGCUAUAAUUACAAGGUUCCUUAUAGGAAGUUUAUGCGGAAUAAUUGGCACAAUGCGAGCUUAUGCUUCUGAAAUUUGCCGAAAAGAAUACCAUGCUUUGGGGAUAUCUGCUGUAAGCACGUCAUGGGGAAUAGGCUUGGUGAUUGGUCCUGCAAUUGGAGGUUAUCUUGCACAGCCUGCAGAAAAAUAUCCCAGUAUAUUUUCCAAAGAAUCCUUUUUUGGGAGAUUCCCAUAUUUUUUACCUUGUCUAAUGAUAUCAGUCUUUGCAUUAGCUGCAACAGUAAUGUCCUUUUGGCUUCCGGAGACACUUCACAAGCACAACAAAAUAAAGAGAGACAAAAAUAACUUUGAUGAGUCUGCAGGAGGAACUCCAGAUGAAUCAAAUGGUUCAAAUGUGUCUCAGAACAUGAACCAUUCUGAACGUAGAGCCCCGGGUUCUCAAAAAAGCCUUCUGAAAAAUUGGCCCUUAGUGUCUUCUAUUAUUGUCUACUGUAUAUUCCAGCUCCACGAUAUUGCCUAUUUGGAGAUAUUUUCACUUUGGGCUGUCAGUCCAAGGACCCUCGGGGGUUUAAGCUUUACAACUGCUGAUGUUGGACAAGUUCUUGCCAUCACAGGCCUUGGUUUGCUACUCUUUCAGCUUCUUGUUUAUCCACUGGUGGAAAGGAUUACUGGGCCUGUCAUGAUUUCUCGGAUUGGCGCAGUUUUAAGCAUACCAUUGUUGGCAAGCUACCCAUAUUUGGCUUUAUUAACUGGUUUUGGUCUCUCCAUAGCGCUCAACUGUGCAUCUAUGUUAAAAAAUAUUCUCUCAGUAUCAAUUACAACUGGCUUACUACUCAUGCAGAAUAGAGCUGUGUCCCAGGAGCAAAGGGGAGCGGCAAAUGGCAUUUCAAUGUCCUCAAUGUCUCUUUUCAAGACAAUUGGCCCAGCAGCCGGGGGCUCAUUAUUGUCCUGGUCACAACGGCGUCAAGAUGCUGAUGUUCUGCCAGGUGAUCAGUUGGUUUUCUUUGUUCUCAACGUGAUUGAGUUGCUCGGUCUACUUCUAACCUUCAGACCCUUUCUGAAAGAGCCUGAAGACAGUGAUAUUUCAAAAUCAAAAGACGACUCUUUAGAUCAAGAAAAUGGAAUACAAGAGAGGCUCGUGAUAACGGAAUUACCCUGAAGUACCAAACUUACAAGUUCAGAUCUAGAGUGAAAUGUCAAUCGCCAGCACAUUGCGUUAUGCUGCAGAGGUAGAGGUGCAUGACUUUCAGUAUAGCAUAUUAUCUUCAAAGAGUUGAACUAAAGCUAGUUCUGUAGCUGUACUAGUGAACAAAUUCUCUGAGGAUCAUUGAUUGUAAACCUUAUUUUCCAUAUUACAGAUUUGUGUGUGUAAUGGAGAGGGAAAGAUGCAACUUGUAGGUGUAUCUUAGAAAUAAAUGAAUGUUUGAACCUUAUGUAUUAUGUAAAUCGACAAACUGAGUCUUUGGAUCAAGAAAAUGGAAUACAAGAGAGGCUCGUGAUAACGCAA